UCAGUUUCCUUCAAUUUGCUUUAGCUCGUUUUCACGCAUUCAAUUUGCCUCAGCCUCGUUUUCACGCACAGCGAUACAAGGAAAAUGAGUUCAUCGAGCAACACCAGGAACCCUCUUGGAGAACAAAACUUCCUUCUGAGAAAGCCUAAUUGGGAAAAUUUGGAUAGGUUUAUACCCAAUCGGGCGGCACUGGACCUUGAUUACGCGCAUUACAUGGUCAGAGGAGGGAGAAAGGGAAUCGAGAACCCGGAGGCUGCAAGCACUCCAUACCAGAAGCUACUGACUGAGACCUUCAACAUGAACCGAGCACGAAUCUUCACAUUCAAGAACAAGCCCCCCACCCCAGUUGAAGCCAUUCCGAGGAGAUUGCUUUCACCCCCUCUUCAUAAGGCCAAAUCUACCAAGCCCUCUCGACGGGUUCCUCAGGGUCCAGAGAGAACAAUGGACGCUCCCGGUAUUGUAGAUAAUUUCUACUCGAAUUUACUAGACUGGAGCAGCAGCAACAUUCUUGCAAUUGCUCUUGGAAACUCAGUGUACCUAUGGAAUCCUUCUGACCAUUCCAUCGUAAAACUCGUCACAAUUGAUGAUGAAGAUGGUCCCGUUACAAGCAUCAGCUGGGCUCUUGAUGGGCAACAUAUUGCCGUCGGCUUGGACAAUUCCUGGGUCCAGUUAUGGGACUCUGUCUCUGUUAGACUGAUAAGAACAUUGACAGGUGGUCACCAUGGAAGAGUAGGUUCACUGGCCUGGAACAAACGCAUUCUUACUACAGGAGGAAUGGAUGGUAGAAUUAUCAACAACGAUGUAAGAGUGAGAUCCCACAUUGUUGGAACCUACAAGGGUCACGAGGCCGAGAUCUGUGGAUUAAAAUGGUCACCCUCAGGCCAGCAUUUAGCUAGUGGAGGGAACGAUAAUGUUCUCUUCAUAUGGGACAGGUCAACAGCCUCUUCCAAUUCACCAAGACAGUGGCUUCAAAGGCUUGAAGACCACACUGCAGCAGUCAAGGCCCUUGCUUGGUGUCCAUUUCAAGAGAAUUUGUUGGCCUCUGGUGGUGGUGAACUUGACCGGUGCAUUAAGUUAUGGAACACACAAACAGGCUCGUGCUUGAGAUCGGUUGACACUGGCUCGCAGGUGUGUGGUCUUUUGUGGAACAAUUAUGAGCGUGAAUUGCUUAGUUGUCAUGGUUUUAGCAAGAAUGAGCUUAUCCUUUGGAAGUACCCGUCAAUGGUGAGGAUGGCAGAGCUCACUGGCCAUACCUCCAGAGUUCUCUUCAUGACUCAGAGCCCAGAUGGAUGCACUGUGGCCACUGCAGCCGCGGAUGAGACAGUUCGAACUUGGAAUGUGUUUGGGAUUCCGGGAGUUUCAAAACCUGCACGAAAAGAAAAUCCGUUGCCAUUUGCUCAUUUAUACACCAUUCGUUGAAGAUCAUGUAAAUGCUGGAGAGAAUUUUAUCUGUUUUUUCUGGGAUGCCAAACGAAACAGAUAGGUGUAUAUGGUGUACAUUGUUUACAAGAAAAAAAGCAGAUAAGUGUAUAUGGAGAGAAUUCAUACAAUUUGUAUGAAUAUAUAAUGUAUAUGGUUACACGAAGAGGGAAAAAAAAAGCAGUUUUGAUUUAAA